AGCCCCGCCAGUGGCCAGUGGCCGAGUGGCGAAUCAACCCUUCGCCGAUAAGAGUCGCGUCGUGUCCCCGAUCCUUGCUAGGGUUUCCUCCACGGAUCGUGGCCCCGAAAUUGCCAGCAAUGUUGAAUUUCUACGGGAAGUGUGAUAUCUGAUUCUUACUUGUUUCUCACAAUCCUCUACCAAUUCGUUUCCCCAACUGUACGUACACGAAAUAUACACUACUUUGGAAGACGUGAAGAGGAGGGACACGAGGACGAUUUGUAGGAAUAGAGAAACCCCUUCCAAAGCCCGAUGAUCCUCGUUCGAGGAUCGAGGCGAUUGUCGCAGAUCGACGUAACGCGCUCCGGCCACCGACUUUGAUGGAUAUUCGAGGGAAGUUCCGGCUGACGCGGCUGGUGGGCCGAUAAGCUGGCCGCGGUGUCGCGAUAAGGAAUUCUGGAGUGGUUCACGAGGGGAUUCGGAGAGCGGCAGCUGCACGAUUGGACAAAGAGGAUCGGGCACGGUAGAAUGUGCAGCUGAUCGGAAUGAAGAGACACUCUCUGCUGAUAUUAUGCUACUACCUGUGCACGCUCUUUGACAUGGCGGCCCUACACUUUCCCGAGGAAAUAUGCGAACCGGUACUUUCCACGGAGGUCGAAGGCUGGCAUAUUAAAGUCGAUAGCCUAUCGUCCAGUACGUUUCGACUUUCGGCGAGAAAGCGAGGGUACCGUUUUUUUCCCAAGAUCGAAAGGGAGUCGGAUCUCGAGUACGGGAGAAAGGAGUCCUCUUUGUCGCUCAAGGAUAUCCUCCCUUUGAACCCGAAGCUGUACGACAAGCACAGGGCGCCCAAGUUCCUGGGCCAGCCUACCAUCGUCUACUUCCACGUGACGGUGCUCAGCAUCGACUCCAUAAACGAGGAAUCCAUGACGUACGUUGCGGACAUAUUUUUGGCGCAAAGUUGGCGGGAUUCUAGAUUACGACUUCCGGAGAACAUGUCCGAGGACUACAGAAUAUUGGACGUAGAUUGGCUGCACAAUAUCUGGAGGCCUGAUUGCUUCUUCAAGAACGCGAAGAAGGUCACCUUCCACGAGAUGUCGAUACCGAAUCACUAUCUUUGGUUGUAUCACGACAAAACCUUGCUUUACAUGUCGAAAUUGACACUCGUCCUCUCCUGCGCGAUGAAGUUCGAGUCUUACCCCCACGAUACUCAAAUUUGCUCAAUGAUGAUCGAAAGUUUGUCGCACACCACCCAGGAUCUGGUGUUCAUAUGGAACAUGACCGACCCCCUGGUGGUGAAUCCAGAGAUCGAGCUACCCCAGCUGGACAUCUCGAACAAUUACACGACCGACUGCACGAUCGAAUACUCGACAGGCAACUUCACGUGCAUCCAGAUAGUGUUCAAUCUUCGGCGCAGGCUCGGUUAUCACCUGUUCCACACGUACAUACCGUCCGCGCUGAUCGUGGUCAUGUCCUGGAUCGCGUUCUGGAUCAAACCCGAGGCGAUCCCGGCCCGGGUCACCCUCGGCGUGACGUCACUGCUGACCCUCGCGACUCAGAACACGCAGUCUCAGCAAUCACUGCCGCCCGUCUCCUACGUGAAGGCCAUCGACGUGUGGAUGUCCUCGUGCAGCGUGUUCGUGUUUCUCUCGCUCAUGGAAUUCGCCGUGGUGAACAAUUACAUGGGGCCGGUUGCCACCAAGGCGAUGAAGGGCUACUCGGACGAAGAUCUGAGGGAAGCCAUCGACGAGUUCAAAACGCCCAUGAGGAACGAUUCGGAGAGGAACAGAAGCCCGGUCAGGCCCGCGACCGUUCAAUACGACACCUGCUGCCAGGGUCGAGCGACUGCGAUUUACAUCGACAAGGUGUCCAGAUUCUUCUUUCCGUUCUCCUUCCUCAUCUUGAACGUCGUCUACUGGAGCACCUUCCUGUAGAGCGUGUCUGAAUCAAGGAUGCAAGAAACGACGCGAGGAGGAAUCGCUCGAUCGCCUGUCUCCGCAAACUUUUCGCUCUCGUUUCGAUCUUUGUAAUCUCUUCGACGAUUAGAAUUGAUCGCAACAAUCGGCGCAAGGAAAAUUAGUAGGACGUUCCUUCUCGAGUAUCAUCGAGCGAUUAAACGAAGAAUCGAGCAAAGACGAAGGCGGUUUUUCUACGAAUCUGUUAGAAGAAUUUCAUUUUAUAUAAUUAUAUAAAGAGAAACACGCAACCGUCUACGAAAUGAUUAAUUAAUCGUAAGAGCAUAUCUAGCUGUUAAGAUUCGCGUUUAAGAUAUUACUUUAAGUAAUAUAUCGAAUUGAACGAAUUGUGUACUCACCCUCACCAGACACGAAUCGUAUUCUUUCUCAUCGUUGAACGAAAAUCUUCCACGGGAUUUCUGUUCGUCCGUCACAAUUUAAUUUAUCCUUUACUUACUUACUCGUUGUCUACUUCGAGUUUUGCUACGAUAGAUACGUACAUGUAUACAUACCUUUCACGGAACGUUCACACGCGCUCAGCCACCCUCGUCAAUUUAUGGUUAUAUAUAAUAAUUAUCCAAACAUUAAUCGCGACACGAUUGGGGAAAAAAAUGAAAUAAAUGGGACGGGAUUCGAAUCUCUUUUUACGCAAGGAAAGGAGGGGGGAGGUCACCCUGGUUAAAAUGGAACGAUUGAAAAUUGAUAAGACGCGAUUACGAUUUAUAAAUUUUUAUAGUCUUACCGCAUGCGAUCCGUUUCGAAAUCUCGUAGGUAAGGUUGUUUUUAACAAAACGAAAAAGGAAAAAAAAAAAAAAAGAAAAAAAGAACGGCCGCUCGCGUGAACGUUCGGAUCGUGAUUACGCGGAACAGUUUUACUCGUUGUGUGCGAUCGCAGACUUUAAAAGACAAAUAAACGGAGUAUAAACACGUAAAAAGAGAGUGAGAGGAUCGUUUCCCCUGUGUAAUAAACUGCAAACGAGGAAGGGUUGGCCGGAACGGGGAGGAAUGAAAAAGACGACGACCACGAGCUUUACGAGGCAGCUUAUUUAUUCUUUCAGCAGCCGAUAGAGAGCUUUUUAUAUACGGGUGUAUAACAAACAAUUGCCCCCUCCCUCCUUCCGCCAUUUCUGUCUUCUCUCGCGUCCUCUUCUUCUUCUUCUUCUUCUUCUUCCUCGCCUCGGAGAUCCUGCUGGGAUCCUGCUGAUGUCUUGCAUGCCCUCGUGCAUCCGAGGAAGAUCGUCACCUAGAGAGUCUAAAUUCUUGGACAAACUUUAACUCGAUCAUAUUUUAAUAAAAAUCGGUGUAUUAAAACAAAAAAGAAAAGAGAAGAAGAAGAAGAAGAAGAAGAAGAAAAGAAAAAUUCUUAAAACUGUUUGUCGAUCAAAAGAUAAUCAUAAAAUAUUUCUCGGUCCCGUAUAAAUAAAUAAUCAAACAAAAAAAAGAACUUUUAAACUAUUAAAAUAUAUAUCUCGAGUAAAUACCUGAUUCUCUGAAAUCGAGAAAGUAAACUUUCCAGCAGACCGUUCCAUCCCCCGAGUUUCGAGGAGGGCGAACUAACGCCCGACUAACGUCAUCCUUGCACGGGUCGAUGAUUCACGGCCGAGGAUGUAACGGACGAAAAAUGUUGGUUGGCGAGACAUUUGUUGUCGAUUACGUGAUUGCACGAGGAAAAGGGGGAAAAAAAAAAAAAGAAAAAAUUGACGCGGCGGAAAUAAAACGUUUCCACUAACGAGACUGCUAUCGAGGAGGAAGGAGUCCACGCUCGAUGAUCUCGCGAGCUGUGACGGGAAAAGAAGUUUCACAGAGAAAAGUUGGAGGUAACGGUAAAGGACCAACGUCAUUUCCCUUAUACGGGCGACCCCUUUUGGAUUACGGCACUUUUUAGCAGUGACGAGAAUCUCGCCAGUAAACGACCAGCAGUAAUUAAUUGGAACGAACAUACGGCCUGGCUCCGGUUGCUCGCCGAGAAUAAUUAAAUCCGCACGUAAGGUGGCGUAAUUGUGACGCGCCGAAUGCCUCUCUCCCCCUCUCUCUCUCUCUCUCUCUCUUUCUGUCGCGAGAUGGAACACGCUGCUUCCAAAAGAUGUUCCACUUUUUUUUCCUCCGCUUAAUUAAAACAACGCGUUGUCGACUCUUUUCGUCCCCCUUCCCCUUCCUCUACCAUACGAUAUCUCUUGUGGUGACGCUUUGAUAAUUCCAAAGAAACGCUCCUUUUUUAAACAGGUUUUUAAACGGCCGAAUUCAUUUCGAUUUUUCCAAACGAUCGAUCGAAUCGAUCCGAAAUUAGCUAGCUUUGUUAACAGACUCGUCGAUGUCCUAGCUGAUAAGAUAAUUGAAGAUCCUGAUAUUCGUAACAUCGAGUAGUGACUGUAUAAUUUUCCAAGAAGAGACGAAGUAGAGUCACGAAGUAUCCGGUUUUCGCGCAUUUCCCUUUGAUCUCUGAUAAAAACGCGUUAAAAUAAAUGAAUGGCGUCAAUGUUCUCGCUUCUAAAUUCCGUGGAAAAUCGAAAAGAUUCAAACGGUGAAAAGAUUCGUUUGACUGUUUUCAGCUAACACGCGCCGCCACUUGAGGUUAUUUCAUCUUGAAAACGUCGCUUUGUAGGCCGAUCUAACUCUCUCUCUCUCUCUCUCUCUGUAUCUCUCUUUCUUUCUCUCGAUCUUCACCUCUGUCCAUCCUUGUCACCCGCCUUGUUUCCAGCCAUCCGAUGGCUCGUUUUUAUUUGGAGAGAGAGACAGACAGAGAAAGAGAGAGAGAGAGAGAGAGAGAGCGAAAAGAAUCGACACGAUGAAAGAGCUUGGAACACCGGAAACGACUGCGACAAUGCCGCGUCCACGUGUGUAUGUGUUAAAAAAAAAAAAAAAGAGUGUUCCGUUCUACAAGAGUUUUUAAUCAUGCCAUUUUAUCCUGAGAGAGCCUUUGUAUCUAGAGAUAGAAAGAUACUUUCGUCUGCCCCACCCCCGCGCCCCGCUUCUUCUUCCCCUCUGUUUACGCGGACAAGUCGAUCCCUCGUUCCCACGAUUUAACACUCCCUCGCGGAUUUACCCCCUUAAUCCCUUCCGGUGGCCCAUGUCACGCGAUGCAAAUUAUACCCCCUUUUCCUUUCCUUUUCUUUUUCCUCUCCUCUCUUUCCUUCUUUCUUUAUUUCUAAAGAAUAUAUCUUUCCUUUCUUUCCUUCUUUUCUUCAUCAAUUCAACUCGUUCGUCGAUCGCCGCGCGAAAAAACCUAUUCAAAUUCCUCUUGCUUCUUUUUCAAUUUCCUUUUUCUUUUUUUUGCUUCGUUAAUCUAAUUUCGGUAUCGUUCGGCCAUUAAGAAAUAUCUUGGAGAUAUUUCGCAAGAUAUUCUUCAACUUAAUCUCUCGAUAAUCAAAUAACGAAAGCCGUUCUUGGCCUUUCCCCCCCUCCCCUUUUCUAAAUUCUUUACAAUCCUAUUAAAAAUAUAUCUCCCGUAUCUCUUUCAUUCUAAUCCUCCCCUUCUCGCGAUCGCCGAUGAUUGCCUCUUUAAAGAAAAGUUAAUAAGGACGCUAAAGUAGGCAAUUAUUAAAGUCCGUGAGAGAAAUUGAUCGGAGAUCGAUCGAGAUUUAGCGGCAUCGGGGACAGAAGGUAGCCCAUCCUUAACAAGAUCCCUUCGUUUGCGUAAUUAACUAUCGACUUUCUGUCGACAAUCUUGUUAACGAGAAGCACACCGUCGAUCGUUAAUGGAUUCCGGCGGAGUCGAGGCGGCCGUGCAACCAGAGACAGUGAAAUAAUUACUCCUUCGCUUCCGGAAUAUUCGAGCGUCCCGCGUCAAAAGAAUACGAAUAACGGAUUCGAAAUCGAACCGACUCGCCCGUACAGAAGACUUGCCCGAAAAUCCUGUCAAAUAAUAAUCCGGGAGAGGAACCCGUCUCAAUUAAAAUCCACGGGGAGGGGGUAAGGAAAGGGCGCUCUAUUGCCAACCAAGCCGCGUCAAGGGAAAUUUCGAACGGUUUCCUUAAAAAUAUUAUAUUCGACACGGUAACCCAGAUCCAGAUCUCACCAGAUCUCCGGCUAUAGAAACCGUCCGUUCCUGAAUAGUUUCGACGGAAUUAGCGGUCCAUCGACUUACGACCUGAAUUUAUUUAAAAGGAAGGGAACACUCGAUCGCCCCUCUUCGAAAUGGAAGGGGGAGAAGAUGAUGCUCCUCCGCGUUGAAAUUUCAGAGACGAAAAUCUAUCUAUCUACCUUGGAUCGAAGGGAAGGUAUAGGAAAUCAAGCAUCGGUUUCUGCCUUCUCGUUCCAAUUUAAGCCCUGGCCCGAUAUAUCGACGCGUCCUUGACCGAUGUUCCGGAAAUAAAGCGACCCAGCAACCGUGAUUCGUGUUGAAAAAGUGGCGCGCGAUCGGGUGGCCACCGAUAAAACCGAAAACAGCCAUAAAUAUGCCGGGUUAAUAUAAAACGUUUCACGCCGCGGCCAAACAUCGUGUCAACUCGUUUUCGAAUCGGCUAACGAGCACGUCCCGCUGUCGAUGCUCUCGCAAAUACGAAUCAAUUUCCGGCGUGGACGCGCCACCGCCACCCGUCACUGCCUUUGCGGCUGUCGUUCGGCAAACAUCAAUUAAUUCCGUGUUUUCUUUUCGAGGGCACGGUUCAGUGGAGUUGGACGGUGGGAAUGAAUUCGACAUGGAAAUGUUAUAUGCGAUUCGAAUCGACGGGUCGUGGAAAGUUCAACGAUACCUUUGGACUCUUGGUCAUCGGUUGGAGGUUAAGUUCAGGCUGGAGUGGAGUUGCCGUGUUAAAAAAAAACGUGGAAAAUUUUGGACAUAUUUUUCUUUCUUUCUUUUUCUCACCCGUCAAUGGCGUCAAGGGUACAAAGUAGAGACGAGAAUAAUGAAAUUCGGAUAUCUCGCGAUUAAAUGAAGAAGGAUCGUAGAACGUGUUAAAUAAUGAAUUUUAAUUUAUUUUUUUCUCUUUUUUUUUUUUCUUCUUUUUUUUCGUCACUUUUGAGAGUAAGGCGUGGAAGCUACCGAAGACGGACAACACCAUCGGCUAAAACAUCUUCACCCCUUUUCUAGUUACAACUAUCGGGUGUACUUGUUACAACGUGCUGGCGCUUGACCGCUGUCGAUAAUUCUUCUUUCCAACCUUUCUACCUUCUCAAAUUUUCUUUCAUACACCUCUCCGUCCACUUAUUACGUACGUAUAUUUAUUUAUUUAUUCAUUUAUUUAUUUAUUUAUUUAUUUAUAUAUAUAUAUAGAUUUUUUCUCUCCUUUGUUUUUUUUAAUCAUCUCUUUCUCUCCGUUCUCUUCACUCCUUUGCUUCUCUCUCUCUUUUUUUUUACAGUUGUACGAUUAAAAAUAUCGUUAUUGCCAAGUAUGAUCGAUAACACGGUGCGUAACCCCGAGCCUCUGACCGGAGAGACAAUUUUCCUCGCUUAUCAAACUAAAAUGCAUCGGAAACUAGACAUACGCGCAAUAUAGUUACGUACAUUUCUUCUUCUCCCUUUUCGAGUUUCAUCCUUGUAAUUCUUAUUUAUUUCCCCCUUUUUUUCUUUCUUUGAUAUCUCUUUACACGGGGCUACAGCCAAGGCGAUCGCUUUCCUUUCGAACUUGCCGCCAUUUUUGUUCUCGUCGCGAUUCGACCAACGCCCGUUGCGCGCGAAAAUUCAAAAAUUCCAUCGUUUCAAAGAUUCAACGAUUGUUUAAAAUUCGUACGAGAUUAAAAAAAAGAAAGGUUCAAAAGAGAAGCGAUCUCCUUUUCGAUCGUUCUUAAGAAAAAUAUACAUAAAUAACGAGGGAAUAUGGUCGACGAACUACGUGCUCCCCGCGUUAUGGACGAUCCUCGAAUCGCCACAAGUCUGAUCUCGCCUCUAUCUCGUGGCUCGAUUACAUAAUCGUCGCUUGAUUACAUAACUGUCUAGUUACCGACCGGGAGACGCGAUUGAUUCUGACUUACACGAGCGUUGAGAAACUACAGGUAUCUGCUGGCUUGUUCGUUCGAGGCACACGUGGCUAGAAACGUGUGCGUUUAGAAUAGUUUAAAAUCGCGAAUAUACACUUACGAUACAUCAAGAAAUCUAUAGGAUUAUUUAUUAAUUAUGAAGGUAUCGAGACGAAAAAUCAGAAGCAACAACUCGAAAGAACAUAUCACACUGUUGAAACACUGUCCCAAAUUUAUUAAUUCGAGUCGAGAAUAAAAAAUGAUAAAAAGAUAAAUUAAAUAAAUCACUGAUAAUUCUGCGAGAUAAAAUAUCUAUCAGCAAUAAAAUUUACUCGAUAAGCAACUUUCUUUAUAAACAAUUUCUUUCUCUUCGCAUCAAUAAUCCAUUAUUACAUCCCGGUAUUAUGUAUUAUCGUUUUUAAGGCAAGAGAUCGAUUCUUCGAUUCUCAACUCGGCUCACGUUCACCAAUUCGCAUUUUCCAUCAUUUCCGGUUUCUCAACGCUUCCAUCAUCGCGGAGGAUCCACCGCGGAAAUUUCGCGGAAGAAAAGACAAGAUGGCGGUUAAUUGGCGGCCUGUAGAAUCUCGAACGCAAGCUCGAUCUCCCGGUGUCGAAUCGCAAUCACGAAUCGAGCGUGCCAAGAACAAUGGUCGAUCCUGCUACGCUCGCAGGUCCUGUGGACGGUGUCCUGAUUACAAAAGGAUCGCUUUUUUUUCUCUCCCCCUCCCCUCUCCCCGUUCACGAUGCAAAAAGCAAGAGGGUCGGACGAGGGAUCGGGCGACGCGGAGGGUGACGCUUUUCGGCGCGAAACAAACAAAGCGGAAACGGUUCGUUCGAUCGAAAAUUUCAGCUCGCGCCGUGACUGGUUCAUUGACUACCUUUCUCUCCUUCCAUUGACCCGUUGAAGGGGGCAAAGGAGGGAAAUCGUGGUUGGUUUUUCCAACGAUUAUGCGAAGUGAAAGCAGCUCUUUCCCAUUCCUUGUUCCAUUUGAAUAGAAUAAUCGAUCCCCAUCCCAAUUUUUCGGACAUUUUAUUCCGGCAAUUUAUCAAAUGCGGAUGAAUCGAGGAUCUUUGCAGUGAAAAAUUGGGGGAACGGAUUCAUUUAUAGACAGUUGUGGAAUUAUUAUUCGCUUCGAUAUAUUAGAUAAAAUAUCAAUUGGAAACGUUUCUUCUCUUCUCCAUACCAAUGGCUAAUAAAUCGUUAUUGUAAUUUUCCCUCCAAAGUAUCACAAAAAUUAUCUCUAUCAACAAUAAAAUACAUAAUUCUACUCAUUUAUUAUUAUUAUUAUUAUUAUUAGAAAUGUUUCCUGCAAGAGAACAGAUCCAGGUUCUCUUUUACCCCCAACGUAUAAAUCGUUCCGUUAUUUUACACGAGGCGAUAUAAAUUUCUUUUAGGAAACAGGAAAAUAUCGUACGUCAAUAAUAAUGAUCAGUCAAAAAUUUUUUCUCUCUCGCUGCAAAAUCCUCGAUUGUUGGAAAAAAGAAAAUAAUAAGGGGGGGAAAAAAAAUGAUGAUAACAAUAGAAAAUUCUUCGUUUCACCGAACGAAAAGUGGAACCCUCCGUGGCACAUCAUCCCUCCUGAUGAUACAACGCGGAACAGUCCUCCGUCAGGACUUCGGAGCGACGAAAGAAAACGAACGAAGGUCGGACGAGCGUGUUUGGACGCGAAUCGUAUCGCUCGUCGCGGCUGUUCGCCUCGCCUUAAACUCUUUUAUUAAAGUUAUUUACGCGUCGCAUCGGAAAAAUUGGCAGUACGGUAGUGAAUUGAAAGACUCGUUAUUCAUAAUCCUCGCUUCUUCUCGAUCUCGCGUGUUCCCUCGAUCUUCUCGUAUUUCUCGUGCACCAAAAAGAAAAAUGAGGGGGGAAAAGAAGGAAUAAAGAAAAAAAAAGGAAAAAGAAAAA